AUGAAAAAACAAUCCAGGAAACCGGCUUUGGGUAUCACUCCCGAUAUCUCAGAGAUCAGACGUGAGACACGCGUGUGGCCAACAAUCCUGACGCUGACUAACGUUUACGUUUUCAUCGCUGAAUUGGUCAGCAGGAAGAAGGACAGAGGCAACGACAAGUCGACCAAGCUCACGAAGGCUGAGAAGAAGAAAUUUAUUGAGAACGCGCCGAAAGUCGAGGACUUCUUGCCGUUGAGUCAAGUGAAGACACUGUACGAUAAUCUAGAUGGAAACAAGGAGAAUAAGAAACCUGUCAAAGCGCAAGGGAAAGAACAUAAGACAAAAGAGAAUGAGGAAAAGAAGAAGCAGCAUCAGAAACAACAGCAGCAGCAUGUUGAAAAGAAGAAAUCUGAGCCAAAGGAGAAACCUCCAAAAACUGUUAAGGAUGCAUUGAAUGCGAUUGAUCCACAAGAACUCGAUGAACUUCUGACCACUGCACAAGUCAGAUUUCCCGAGGCUCCCCUGCUCUGGUUGAAGGAACUCAAUGCCUUCCUCAACAUCAAGAUACCCAUCAACAAGGAAGAUGCGAUUUUCUCAGGAAAACCCAAGGAUUACCCGUUAAGUUUAGUACCUAAGGCGAUCUCUUCCAUACUAGAACGAGCAGUAGAGAUGACGGGCCAGCAAACCAUACAAAUUUUUUACGAGAACACUCUCACGGCAAUGGCCACUGACAUGGUCAAGGGAAUUCCCGUUAUCGGACACAAGAUAUUUUUGCAGUUGCUAGCGCACUUAAAUCCCGAAAUGACCGCCGCCAACAUUCUCAAACUGAUUAACAUAAGGAACUCCUACGAAAACAGGAAGAACAUUGGCUUGUCUCUAUUAUGGGCUUGGUCGCAGGCCGGCAAGAAGAAUUUUGCGGUCGGCUUGAAAAUUUGGCACGAGGUAAUGUCGCCGAUGCUGGAGACAAAGGGCUACGCCAGUUACGUUGUACAAAUCCUCAACGACCUCGUCUUUGGACAUGACAAUGUCCAUGAUCUUAGUCUGGAUCUGUACCUGAGUAUCAUCAUGGAUACCUAUUCUCAAAGAUUUCAAAACAUUCAACCAGCGAAUCUGGGAAAAGACCUUAGUGCCAGUAUCGACAGGUUGAGAUCAAUAUUGUUUAGAAACAAAGACAUAUGUUACACGAAAUUGUUUGAAAUGUUAAUGGGAAAAGUAUCGCAGAAGUCAGAUUUGAACUAUAGGAACGAGUUGAUUAAGGUUCUUGCGGAUUGUCUCGUCACGGAACCUCUUUGCUUCACUAUUUGGAGCUCCAUUUAUACCAAGAAUUUAUACCAAUCCAGUCUUCUUCUGUCAUAUAUUGAUACGAAUUUACCUAGUUUACAAACCAAGUUCAAAGCUAAGCAUUUCAAAGAAACCCUCGGAAUUAUUCAAAAUAAUAAUGAAAAGUGGAAAAGAGCCAAAGACGAAAACCUGGCGCUUACGUGCAAGAAAACAUCUCAGGUACUACUGAAGAAAAUGACCUCUUCCAGCCGUAGUUUUCCAUGGAGAUCUGCUAGUGUCCUUUUAUUGCUUUUGAUCAGUGCUAUCGUAGCGUACGACACACAGAAACAUGGCUCGUUUGAAGCAUCCCAAGUUGGAAAAUUCUUGAAAACUAGCGGAAUAUUGAAACAUGUAGAAAAGGCAUGGACUACUCUAAAGUUCUAUUGGUCUGCAGGACACAAAGCAGUUAAGGAUAGUUCACCGGAAUAUUAUAAAGCCGUUGUAGACUUGUGUGCACCGUACAUUAAAUUAGCUGGCGAUGUCUGUCUUGUAGUAAGAAAUGUUUCAAUUAAAUUGUAUAACAAUGUCGCGGCAUAUGUUGAAAGGAACGUACCUAUAAUUAUUGACACAAUCGAGCAUUACGCUCCAGGGAUUUUGGAGCAAAUUAAAUCCCGAAGUCUUCAGGGACUGGAAUUUGUGAAAGUUUCCUUCAUUCUAAUUGGAGAGAAAGUUAUUGAACAUUCCAGCGCGUCGAUACAGUGGCUGGAGAAGAAUGUCUUUGUAGGCAAGCUUAGCCCGGAUAAUCUGCGCAAUUACGCCAUUUGGGCUUUCGACACGACGCAAUCGUACGCUGCUCAAACGUACGAUUGGGUGUACGAGAAAGUGCAGACUCUCUCCAAAGUGCCAUGAAUAAAAUCCAAUGGUUUACUGUAUGAAUAAUUAUUGCGUUGACGGCGAAAUUUCCGCCUCUUCACGCGACUCUCCGCAUUUAUUAUUUAUGACACGGAAGCGUUACAUAUAUAUUUUCCGAAGAUCACGAAUGCGUCAGCCAUUUUACCUGUGAUAUCUCGAAUAGAAAAUCUAUAUCUUGCUUUGGUUGGUCCUGACGAAGAAAAUUUCGCGAUCUUCUAAUAAACUGAAACAAUUGCGAGCGUUUUUUAUUAAGACAAAUAUUUUUCUGUCAUUUUC